AUGGUUCUGAUCAAACUUCUAAUUUUCACUUUGACUUUUUAUCAACAUAUUGUUGAUUUGGACGCUUGCCCCAAAGGUCACAAAGUAAAGAAGGGAGGUAAAAGUGGAGCCUGUGAAGUCUGUCCUGAUGGAUAUUACCAGCCUGAAGAAAAUAAUUCUCUUGAGUGCAAACCAUGUACAAGGUGUCAAGGAAAUCAGGGGAGUCAAGUGAAACAGAAAUGCGAUAAAGAGACAGACACGAAAUGUGAGUGCCGUGGAGAUUUUGUCCCCUGGGAUAGCGACUCCUCCACUUGUAAAUGUAACAAAGGAUUUGGACUAACGAAUGGAGAGUGUGAAAAAUGCAAAGACGGAUAUUUCAGCAGUAAACUCAACACUCCCUGUAAAAAGUGGAGAGAAUGUAAAUCAGGGGAGAAAACCAGUGGAAGCAGCACCACAGAUGUCACCUGUAAUGAGUGGAGGAGUAACUCUACAUCCCACAUCACACACUCACCACCCCAGCGUCCACAUGAGGGGACCUCUACUCAGAACAUGCACAUCACCGCCACCAUCACCACCACAGCUCCUCCAGGAGAGAAAGUCAGCCCCCAGCCAAAAGGAAAAAUGGAGCCUUCUCCCAACUCAAACUCAGGCAACCACAUAGGUAUGGUCCUCAUCAUACUUGGAAUCGUUGGACUGCUUCUUCUCACCGUUGUGACUUGUAAGCUGCACAACGCCCCUUGUGCACGUAGAAAACCAGUUUUGCAAACAGACGAUUCAUUGUGUCGGAGGCCAGUUGAGGAGAGUGGUGACAGCAGCCUGUCCUCUCUCAAAAUGAAUCCCCAGGAGCCAUGAGGUGAAACUCUCCUUGAACUUGUCGAGUAAUA